AUGCGAAAUCAACAGGGAUCCCUAGUUACUAAGUCAAGUGAUAUAAUUCAAGUUUUUCAGAAAUUCUAUCAAAAGUUAUACGAAUCAGAGAACCCAAAACCUGACAAAAUUAAGGAAUAUCUUACUUCAAUAAAUUACAAUGUUAAAAUAUCUUCGGACCAUAAGGCAUACUUAGAACAAGAUAUAACUCCUCUGGAAGUCUCUGAAACCUUAAAGCAUAUUAAAAACAAUAAGGCUCCAGGCAGGGAUGGAAUCCCUAUAGAAUUCUAUAAGGCCUUUGAGCAAGAGCUGUUGGAGCCCUUAGUACACACCUGCAAUUCCGUCAUGUACAGUGGAGAAAUGCCUAACACUUGGUCUGAAGCAAGAAUUACAGUAAUCCCUAAACCUGGAAAAGACAAACAAAACCCAGCCUCUUUUAGACCUAUUUCUGUUCUAAAUAAUGACUUUAAAAUAUUCUCUGCUUUGAUGGCCAACAGAUUGAAUAACGUCAUCACAGAAUACAUACAUGACGACCAAUCAGGUUUUAUCCCCACAAGAACGUUAACGGAUAAUAUCCAGCAAAUAGAUGUGGAUAGCAAGCCUGCUUUACAGUUCAAAGAUGGACAACAAAACUUCAUAGAAACAGAUGCCCUUCAUACAAGCUCCCACCUCUUUGAUCCAGCUGCAGAGUACAAAAUGAACCACAAGAGGAGAGGACUUGCUUUGAUCUUCAAUCAUGAACAUUUUUUCUGGCAUUUAAUGCUACCAGACAGACGUGGCACUGUUGCUGACAGAGAGAACCUGAAACGCAGCUUGAUUGAGCUGGGAUUUGAAGUGAAGUGUUUUGAUGAUCUUAAAGCAGAAGACGUGUAUCAAAACAUUUACAAUGUGUCCACAGACAAGCACGAAGAUGUGGACUGUUUCAUGUGUGUUUUCCUGAGCCAUGGUGAAGAUGACCACGUUUAUGCCUAUGAUGCUAAAAUAAAAAUACAGACAUUGGCCAGCAUGUUCAAAGGAGACAAAUGCCCAAGUCUAGCAGGGAAGCCAAAAAUAUUUAUAGUUCAGGCAUGUCGAGGAGAUAAGCAUGAUGACCCAGUCAUUGUUGCUGAUACAGUAGACAGCACUGCAGACAAGUCAGACGUCAAUGAAACUGAAGUGGAUGCUGCUGCAGUUUAUACCUUGCCUGCCGGAGCUGACUUCCUCAUGUGUUACUCUGUAGCAGAAGGGUAUUAUUCUCACCGUGAGACUCUAAAUGGCUCCUGGUACAUUCAAGAUCUGUGCGACAUGAUAAGAAGGCAUGGGUCCUCCCUUGAAUUUACAGAGCUUCUGACGCUGGUUAACAGGAAGGUGGCUCAUCGCAACGUGGACGUAUGCAGAGAUACUAAUGCUUUAGGAAAAAAGCAGAUCCCUUGUUUUGCAUCCAUGUUAACGAAGAAGUUGUACUUUUACCCCAAAUCUAAGUAGAAUGGUAUACCAGUAAAAAUUAUUUUUUGGGUGGAGAAGGUAUUGAGGACAUCUUGAGCUAAAACACAGCCUUGUGCUAUGGAUCAUAUAAUAAAAUAUUCAAGUAGUGUGCAUAUUUCAGUUUGCUUAAUGAAUCAUACCACCCUGACUUUUGGGGGGGGGGGGUAAAGAGGAUUUUAAAAAAGAACAAAUACAUGUCUUUUUUAAUUUCAAUCUAGAAGAUCACAUUGCAGAUGGCUAAAUAAAGAAGGGCUCAAUAUUGAAAAUGGUGCUUCAGAAUUCGAAGACUUCUGUGACAUUAAAUUUUAAAUUAACUGAUUAUAAUGACAGUUUUUUACCAGCAGUUAACAUCUCAGGCUUGAAUAUGAUUUUGUGAGCCCUGUAUAUGAAAUUGGUUUGUUAUAAAUCAGCAUUACAACAGGCUCAGGGAAUUUUGGAAAUUAAAUCACUAGCAGCAUUUGGAGUGAUAAAGAAGCACGUGACCAAAUUUUUCCUGACUUCUAGUUUGUACUGAGUGACAGUUUUUUUAUCUCCAUUUUAUAAUGAACAUUUUGUACUUUUCCAAGGUUUUUAAAACUGCUGUAUUGACCAAUGAAAGGGUGCUUGGGGGACAUGGCUGCUCUCAACAAAUCUGCUGCGUCCUCUCUCCAUACCUUCAUCAGAAACAGAUAUACAGCAGUUGCUGACACAGCAAUGGCUGGGUGGACAACUCAGAACAAUUUCUGGUGUCCUGUUCACAGCUGGGAACUGCAACAAGUUGCCCCAGCUGUUACUGGAUCAUGACUCCAGGUGUAUGUAGUUUGCCUGGGCUUGGCUGCCUGGCUGGAUGUUGGAAGGUAUCAUAUGUGUACAGAUGAGUAGCACCCAUAAUACCUUGCUAUUGUGAAGACAUUUUAUAUAUGGCAUGUUUAUGAAUCACAGCCUAAAUAAUAAAAUGUGCAUGUGUAGACCUGUGAUUGUCUAAUAGUUGUUUUGUAGCUCAGCCCUGAUAUCUGUACAAAACAGAUACUGAGAAUUAGAAAGUUACAUUAUGUAAAUUAGUUUGAAAUGCCCCCAAAGUAAAAUAAACUUCUUACAAAGAA